AUGGAUGAGAAGACAAUCGCGCUGCGCUGCGAGGCCAACAACAAGUACUGCAGUCGCAACAGGUUCUACUACGACUACCUGCACGCGGCCGCAGACACUAUAGUCAACGAGGCGAGGUUCGAGGUGAAGGAACGGGUGUCGUCAAGAAAAAUCUACGACGUCAAGUAUCAGCUGGAUGAGGCAAGGAUAUACAACAAGGAGCCAUUCAUAGCCGGGUCAGCCAUGCUUACGAACAAAUCGAAUGACAAGGCAACCUUGACGAGCGCCAUAACGUACGAAGAACAAUCGACGUCUACUUUUACGAGUACUUGGAGUUUGACGGGAGGAGUGAAGGUCUCCUUCGAAGGUAACCUCUGCGAAGCUGUCAAAGGAAAAGUUGAAGUAUCUGUGGAAGUGAAGAAGGAGUGGUCGUGGUCGGAAGAGACAGAGACGAAAAAAUCGAGUACGGUUAAUGCUUCAGCUGAUGUGCCUGCUAACACCUCCAUCAAAAUUAGCUACAUUGGAACUAAGGGAAGCUACAGUGUGCCCUUCUCUUACUCGCAGGAAGACGUUGAUUCCGCCACCGGUGAACACACUGUAACACAACACUAUGAUGGUAUUUACUACGGCUCCAAUUAUUACAACAUGGACUUUGAGGUCGCCAAACCCAUACCUCUCUAG